GUCUGAUCCUCGCCUACGUCUCCAGUGAUCAGUUCACUGUAGAUGCUCUUCUGCGCUCUGGAUUCAUGUUCAAAUGCGGUGCUCCCCAGCGCCGCGAGCUGAUCGUUGGCAGCAUCAAGAUGAUCAGUGCAAUCGAGCAUCCCGGUGAUCUCUUGGAUUCCGCCGAUGAUACUGGCAACGAAGACGAUCAAGAAGAAACGUUCAAACCGGACUGGACAGGGGACUACGAUCGCCUCGAGCGAGAUGACUACCCCCAUUGUGCCACUCGAGCUGCUCUGAUCAGCGCCCGGAUCAACUACUACAAACGUUACUACUCGCGAUACAGCCGUUAUCGAACCAAGAAGGGUCGCUCGUCCUGUGUACCCCUCGAGCAGUGGUUCCCUACCAAGUGGAUCUACCCCAAGCACGAUGUAUUCAGCGCCGUGACUACUCGGGUCUUUCGUAUCUACCGACACCUCUUUGCCGAGUAUUCGCAUGCUCGCGAUGUUGACAAGCUCCAUGCUCUCCAGCGCAGCGUUGCAUACUUCGAGGGUCGUCGAUACAAGUAUGGGGAAGGUGGUUAUGGCCGAGACUCACGGCUCGCCAUCGCUUCAUUCAAGAAGGGUGCGCAUUUCGGAAGCGCCUUCUGCAAGUACGAGCUGAUCAAGUAUCAAGCCGAGUACGAUCAGAGUGCCAUUCCCAAAGAGCUCGACCUCUUCUUCCGCCAACUACUGGCCGACCCAGAUAUGACUAUUCAACAUGAAAUCGUGCCUGACGGGAUACUCCAGGAAUAUGCGCUUAUCCCCGCAGUCGCUUGCCAGCUUGCCAAAUACCACUUCACAAACCGAACAUCGAUCGUCAACCUGGCUCGCUAUACACUGAGUCUCUUCUACGAUUUGAACCCGGUGCCUGGACCCGAGCACGACUGGUACAUCUGUCGCACCGAGGGGCAUUCCCCAAAUGUGUGGUACUACGACACCCUCCGCUUCUAUCUGCUGAUCCUCCGUGUCUACGGAAUUGUCGAUCUGUGCGAGCCAUUUGAGAAGAUCGAGGACCGAGGACCCCGAACCCAGGGCUGGAUGUCGUUUCCUGGACUUUCUGCUGACACCUGGAGGGAUAUCAGUAUUGCCUUCUUCCGCCAGGUCUUUCUGGAUAUGGAGGACGAGGCAUACAUCCCCUUUGUGGUUGGUUGGCUGGGAGACUGGAGUACCAGCCCGCUCCAGUAUUGCCGAGAGAAUGCCUAUCUGUUCACCGACCUCAGUACCCACCUCUACACGAACCCUCUUCAAGACCUGCAGUACGUCAUCGACAACGAGUUUGAAGCGAUCGUCAGCUCGGAUGAAAUGGCGGCUCAUCCGAUCGAGGCCAUGUUCAUGGCUGGGCUCUAUGCCAUAUACCACAAUAUCCAAACGAUGAACCACGAUCUCAUGAUCGAAUUUAAAGAUGGUGUCAUCGGUGGCUGUCGCAAGGCCAUGCAAUACUUUGACUACUGUGUGCGGGCUCUCCAACGCCAGAGCAAGUUCAGCGAUCGCCACCGGCUCCUCCUUGAGGGAGCCUACUUCCUCAAGGGUGUGAGUAUGGCUAUCGCAGAAAUGAAUGGAAGCACGCAAGACCAGCAGCAUGCAGUCAGUUGCCUGGUCCAAUCCUACGAUCGAUCAACGAACAAGACCCGAAGCCCCGCUGCGGUCUGCAUUGCCUUUGCAUAUCUUGGCGGCUAUGGAGUCGAGCGUGAUGUCUACAGCGCCAGGUACUGGUUCGAGACGCAGGAUGCCCAGUUCCUCAAGUCGCUGAAGAUAUCCGAUAAUAUCUGGUGCAGUUGGGCACUCAAGCCAGCGGACCAGGUCGCCAUGAAAUCGAUCAGCUGGAUCAAAACUCAUAUGGGUGUGCGUCAUGAUGUGUCUGGGUUGCUGCAUGACUUGGAACUCCCAGCUGGAAACGAUGGUGGUGUGUAGGGGGUGGUUGACUCGUGAAUACAGUGGCAGCUCCUUCCUCCUUGCUUGCACCAGUACACCCUGUCUGCCAGGCCAG